UUGAGAGUGAACGAAAUGAUGCUGCCAGUUGUCCUUUGUUUGCUCCUCUUUUUCUGGGCCGUGAAGCGCGCGAGCCGCGGCCCACCGGGUCCCUGGGGCUUGCCGUUGCUCGGCUAUCUACCAUUCAUCGACCCCGUGAAGCCCUACGUGAGUCUGGCCAAUCUGGCUCAGCGUUACGGCGCAGGAAUAUACGGAAUUUCGCUCGGCAACGUCAAGACGGUCGUUCUGACGGAUGCCAAGCUCAUCCGACACGCCCUCAACAGGGACGAGUGCGCGGGAAGAGCACCUUUGUACCUGACGCAUGGAAUUAUGAACGGAUACGGUAUUAUUUGCGCCGAGGGGAUUAGAUGGAAGGAGCACCGCCGAUUCAUAACGUCUGCGCUAAAGAGCAUGGGAAUGGUGAAAAUCGGCGGCAGUCGCGACUUGUUGGGAAAGCGCGUCAUGGAAGGCGCAGAUGAAUUUGUCAAGAUCAUCAAAGAGAAAUUCGCUCAAGGUGAAGACGCGAUUGAUCCUGCGCCGCUUCUCAGUCAUACUCUCGGAAGUUUGGUCUACGAUAUCGUGUUUGGUAAAAGGUACGAGAGGGACGAUGAGACGUGGGUGUGGUUGCAGCAUCUGCAGGAGGAGGGGACCAAACUGAUUGGUGUCGCUGGGCCUCUGAAUUUUUUGCCAUGGUUUAGAUUUAUCCCAAAAUUCAGAGACUCGAUCAAAUUCCUCCUCGACGGCAAAAAUAAAACUCACGACCUGUAUCGAGAACAGCUCAAGUUUUACCUGGACUCAGGUUUAAUGGGUGGCGAUGCUCAUCUGGCUGGUGCCUACCUGAAAGAGGUUGAAGAAAGGACCAAGACAGGGGACGUAAGCACUUUCACCGAGCCCCAGGUGCUGCACGCACUCGCGGACAUUUUCGGCGCUGGCCUCGACACCACCAACGCCACCCUCAAGUGGUUCUUGCUCUUCAUGGCCCUUCACCCCGAAGUGCAGUCGAGAGUCAAGGCUGAGCUGGACGAAGCCGCACUCGCCAGAGAUGAACGCAACCCGAGAAUGAGUGAUUUGUCCUGCUGCCCUUAUACCGAAGCUGCCAUCUCGGAGACGCAGCGCCUGCGGUCGGUUGUGCCCACUGGAAUUCCGCACGGCGCCAUUCAGGAUGUCGAAAUCGGAGGCUACACAAUUGAAGCGGGCACCAUGAUCAUGCCCUUGCAAUGGGCUGUACACACUGACCCAAAACUGUGGGGAAAUGAUGUCAUGCAGUUUAACCCUGAAAGGUUCCUUAACUCUGACGGAAGAAUAUCCAAACCUGAAUACUUCAUGCCAUUCCAAUCAGGAAAACGCGUGUGCCUGGGCGAAGAACUCGGUCGAAUGCUCCUCUUUGCGUUCGCCUCAGCCGUCAUCUUCAAUUUCAGCGUCUCCGUCGCUGGAGACGAGGAUGUGGAGUCUGUGCUGGAAGGCGAUUGCGGCAUAACGCUGAAUCCCAAGGCACACAAGUUGAUUUUCAAACCACACCUGCCCAUUUGAUUGCAUUCACCGGCCGACGACACAUAAAUCCUCAUAAAAACGUCUGCAGUGCUGGGGACUUACAAGCGAAAAAAAUGUUCCGCGCACUUUCCGAAAUGCACUUCAUGUAGAGCGCCGAAAAUAAAUAAAUCAGAACUUAAUUGAAUGUCAUAA